AUGCCAAACUCCCAAGGCUCUUGCACCAUAGAAGAACUACUGCAAUCUGAGCCAGGUACAGUCUACGAGGUAGAGAUUAUACGACAAGAGGAACGGACAUUCCCUUUCAAUAGAACUGAAGGAACUUACAAAUCGACCAAUCUCAUUGAAUGCGGCAAGCCAGGAUGCACCAGGUGCUCCAAUGACAUCUUUGGGGAUACUCCAACGGUAGGGACUGUCACGGCGGUGAUCAAACGGGCAGAGACUGGCCUUGAAUCUGUCAGGUAUACUUAUAUGGGAUGGGGAAAAGGUUGGUCGGAAUUAGACAGUGAGGGGAGGAAGGUAUGGCAUACAAGUCUCGAUCCUAAUGAGGGUCCGCCAUUCACUAGUGAGACCCGACACGUCGAGACUCCUGGAGCGACCAGUGGACCUUCCCAGAUCCCCACCAAUGACGCCACCGUCCAUCCUUCCUCCUGA